UGUACUGUUCCUUUAAGACUGGCACAUACCGGUGCAACUUAAGGUGGCAUGCGUCUAAUUAAUGAAAAGUCCCAUGCGUUCAUUGGUUGUUUCUUGUUUUUUCUUCCUCCUACCUUUCUUUUUUAUUUUAGGAAGUUCAGCCAAACCGAACGUUGACGUUGAGGUGUUAAAGAAGAGAGCAGAACGUUUCGGCAUGAAUGUCUCUUCGGUUUCUAAAAAGAUCGAGGAUGAUGAAAAGCUUAAGAAGAGGAAGGAAAGAUUUGGCAUCGUCACGAGCGCAGCGGCCGCUGGAGCCAAUGAUUCGGAGGCAAAGAAGCGAAAACGUGCUGAGCGGUUUGGAAAUGUAUAAAACAUGGAUCUUACCCUUUUUGUACUUUUUAUGAAGUUUUUUUUAAGUGUUCUUUGCGGUUCAUUUUCUGAUAAGCUUGUAAUCCCUGUAGUGCCAUGGUUGUUUAUCUGAUAUUUACAUUAAAAGUACCCCAGUUCCUUCUA